AUGUCGUACCUCUUCGGGACGUCACACCACCAAGCAGACCGAUAUCAUGCCCUAAAGAUGCUCAUCGUGGAUCUCGACGGCGGCCAAGUCGGCAGGGCAGUCACACAGGUCGCUGCCAGUCUGGGAUCAAGCAAAUUUCCCUCGAUCGAGAUCGGACAAGUUGGCCAAUUUGAUAGUACGGCCAAAGUCAAAGAGGCAGUUUGUCACACAGAUUACUGGGCUGCCGUCACUGUCCCCGCCAACGCUUCGGCUGACUUGGCAAACGCCCUGCAAGACUCGUCCGAUACUAGCGCCAUUUACUAUACCUACAAUCAGGCGCGCUAUCCUACUAUCGCGGACUCUGUCCUACUCAGCAGCAUCCGCCAAAUCCACGCAGCAUCAGAAACCGCCUUUCUCAACCCGCUAGCGCUACUCCCCGACCUUAUUCUACCCACCACUCAGCCGUCCCGCGUCUUCUACAACACGGUCAAUAUGGUUAUACCGACUCUCGUUCAGUUCUUCCUCUGUUUGGGCAUGAACGUAGGGGGUCAGAUGAGCGGCUUCUUCAGAGAGGUCAAGGUCAGAGAUGUCUACCUGUUCCGCUUCAUUGUUGGCAAGACAUACUGUGCCAUCCUCAGCAUAGUUGUUACAGGAUACAUUUGGGCUUUCCGAGGUGACUGGAUCGUUGGCUCGGUAGUCUACGGCAAGUCGUUCGGAAUCUAUCUCUUGUACCUGGACGUGCAAUGGCAGCUACUAGAGUCCUCUACUGGCACCUUUGUCCCCAUGAAGUACAUGCCCUACUUCCUGGUCACAUGGAUCAUCAUAAACGUGAGCAGCUCCGUCUUUCCUUUUGAAGUCAUGGCCGGCUUCUACCGAAUUGGGUGGGCAAUGCCCUCGCGUCAUCUCUACUCCUUGUUGAUCUAUGCUUGGUCUGGGUGUGCCAACCCCGUCAAGGAGGCCCUGCCGGUCCUUUUUGCCUGGUGGCUGGUUCUGCAUGGGACGGCUUUUUUGUCGGUGAAGAAGCGCUGCCGUGACGCUAGAGGCUCCGUGGCCACGAUUGAAGCGAAGGGGGAAGCAGGCAGCUCAUCACCCCCGUCAGAGAAGGAGGACUAA